UCGGACAUAACCCUCACAUGGUCCACAGAAUCAGACACUUAUACACUACGCGCGCCGGUAAACGCACAUGGUGUUAACCGUACAUAACGACAUAAUUUGUUAUAUACAUUUUUAUAUUUCACAUAAAUACAUUCAUUGAGGCCACAUCAUACCAAAAUGAUUGAAUUCAAGAGGACCAAUGCCAGGUCAUUCCAGAAACCAGUGCCAGAAGCUUUACAAGAUGUAAGUUACAUAAAAAAUUUUAAAUCAACGACGUUGAUUAAAGAAACAGGACCCAUCGACUACAUCUCAGUAUCACCAGUUGAACCGCAUUAUUUUGCGGUCACAUCGUCGACUUGUGUGCAAAUUUUCAACCCUGUCACUAAGUUGGUGAGUCAGAAAUUAAAUAAAUUCAAGAGCAAUGUCUAUGGAGGAUCUUUUCGCAAGGAUGGACGGCUUAUCUGCGUUGGAAGUGAAGAAAGCACUGUCAAACUUUUUGACAUUUUCACGAAAAAUUCCCUCAGAAUAUUCGAAGGACAUACAGCACCAGUGCACAGAACAUUUUUCACCAUGGACGGUUUGCGCAUUAUUUCAUUUUGCGACGACAAAAGUUCGAUUUUGUGGGACAUAAGUACGGCAACAAAAAUCAUGACAUUUGAUCAAGAUCACAGUGAUUAUAUCAGAGCUGGUGCUGUGAGUCCAAUUUCUCCUCAUAUUUUUGUAUCUGGAGGAUACGACAAAAUAAUAAACAUGUAUGAUACACGAGUUGAAAAGAAAGUGUUUAGCGUUAGUCAUGAUGCAGCAGUGGAAAGUAUUGUAUUUACACCAACUGGAGGCUCAUUUUUAUCUGCAGGUGGAACUGAAAUAAGAUUAUAUGAUUGUCUAUCAAAAGGAAAAGUGUUAUCAAGAAUUACACAACAUAAUAAAACUGUGACAUCUAUUGCAUUAUCAUCUAGUGGUCACAAGAUAUUAUCAGGAUCAUUAGACAGACACGUUAAAAUGCACGAUGCUGCAUCAUUCAAAACUAAUCAUUCUGUAGAAUAUUCAAACUCCAUCACAAGCUUAGCUAUCAGUCAAGAUGAUAAAAUGUUAGUUGUUGGUAUGGUAGAUGGAAUGAUUUCUAUCAAAGAACAAAAGAUAGCAGAAAAUGAUGUAAGUGCAUCUGUAAUUCCUGAAAAGGAAAACAAUAUCAAAACUCCAGCAGUUCCAGUAAGUGAGAAAAUUGUCAACACAGAAAAAGAAAUUCUUGCUAAGUAUGACCAAUUCUUAAGAAAGUUUCAAUAUUCCAAGGCAUUAGAUGUGGUUAUGCAAACUUAUACUGUCAAUAGAUAUCCACAUGUUAGUGUUGCCUUAAUUCGUAAUUUAAUCAGGAGAAAUGGAUUAAGACAAGCAUUGAUUGGUCGUGAUGUACGAAAUUUAAAUAAUAUAGUGAAAUUUUGUCUCAGACACUUCACAAAUAUGAAAUUUGGAAGAGUGUUGCAGCAUUGCCUUGACAUUUUACUGGAUGUUGUAGAAGAAAGAAUUGAAGAAAACAGCUUAGAAUCAAGAUCUAUGUUUAAAACAAUGAUUAAGAGAAUAGAAGAAGAAAUAUUAAUAGCUAAAUCAUUGUUAGAGUUACGAGGAGUCCUUGAAUCAAUAAAACUAACAGCUGAAACAAGUAAAAGUACAUGAAUGAUUUAAAUUAUGGAUAGUUUUGUUUUUAUUCAAUGAAAAUUUUGUAAAUUAUUGUAAGAAUAAAGUAAUUGUUGAAAAUACUGUCAAUUUUUGUAAUUGUGAUUUUUGGAAUUAACCAUAAUAUAAUUACUAUUACAAUUCAAAUAAUCUUAAAUAAAAAAAUCUAAAAUUCAUCUCAUUAAAAAUAAAUGUCUAAGGGCCAAUCAUUUUAUGCACAAGCAAUUAAAAAUAU